AUGUCGAAGCUGCGGGCCAAGCAGACACGGCUGCGAAAUUUGAUGACAUCGUUCAACGUGAUCUACACCUUCAUGGAAAAAUAUGAGGCUACAAGUCACUCCAGUGAGCUGGCUUCGCGAUUGGAGAAAUUGGAGCCUCUGUGGGAGAAGAUAAACGAAGCUAUUACGGAGGUAGAGUUGGUCGACAAUGAGGAAGGGGCGGUAGGCGAGAGGUAUGUUAAGGAACUGGUAGAGUUCCAAAAUAAAUUCUACAUUGUGAAAGGUUUCUUAGAGUCUAAACUUCGGGACAAUCCCGAGCAAAAUGGAGCCUUGCAUACGUCUCAGGUGUUGGAGUCCACUAUUAUACCCCCGCAUCAUCAUGUUAAGCUACCAUUGAUUAGUCUACCGAAGUUUUCUGGAAAGGUUGAAGAGUGGUUGGCUUUUCGUGACUUGUUCUUAUCUCUAAUACAUUUGUCGACGGAGUUACCAGAUAUCGAAAAAUUCCACUAUCUACGGGGUCAGUUGGAAGGUGAGGCAUUAGCGGUGAUUUCGUCGUUGGCAUUAACUCAGGCUAAUUAUAACAUAGCAUGGGAGUUGUUGGUGAAACGGUAUUCAAACAGCAAGUGUCUAAAAAGGAAACAAGUGCAGACCCUUUUCGAACUUCCAGCUUUAAAAAGGGAGUCGGUUGCGGAAUUACACAAAUUAGUGGAAGGCUUCGAAAGGGCGACCAAGGUACUAGACCAAGUAGUACCCCCGGAAGAUUACAAGGAUUUGUUGUUGAUUCAUCUUUUAGCCUCGCGAUUGGAUGAUAAAACCCGUCGUAGCUGGGAAGAACACUCGUCGACAUUGAAGGAGGAAGGUUUCAAGGAUAUGAUCGAGUUUUUGCUUCGUCACAUACAAGUUUUAGAGUCUUUACCAAGCAAACCGGCAACAGAAAAUCAACUGCCAACCAUCAGGAGGUUUAAUCCACCCAGGGUUUCUAGCAACGGAUUGACUGAUUCGAAUGAAUAUAAGUGUAUUUCCUGUUCUGGUUCCCAUCCGCUCCACACUUGCCCUAUCUUCGAACGGUUAUCCAUCCGUGAUCGGGAAGGCAUAUUGCGUCAACAUUCUGUUUGUAGGAAUUGCUUUAGGAAAGGGCACAUGGCAAAGGACUGCACUUCCAAAUUCUCGUGCAGGCGAUGCAAGGAACGUCAUCACACAUUAGUUUGCUACAAACAGGAAAAGCGACAGGACAAGCAAGACGGUAAUUCCAAUAAUAAACCCACGAAUACCGUCCAUUCCAACGCGGUUGAAAGGGCGGCCACAGCGUCGAUAACGGAUGCUGCAACCGUAAAUAGUAACGUUGGCAGGUCAGGCACUCGAAUUCUUUUAGCUACUGCGGUGAUUCGAAUCAUAGAUGAUUAUGGUAACGAAGUGCUAGCAAGAGCGCUCCUAGAUUCUGGUUCGGAGUGCAAUAUUAUAUCUACUAAGAUUUCGCAAAGGUUACACGUGAAGACACAUAAAACCAAUAUCCAAAUAUCUGGUGUUGGACAAAGUCCCACAAACACACGGCUAAAAAUUAAGGCAACAAUCAAAUCCAGGCUAAGUGAUUAUUCCCAAGAUAUGGAGUUUUAUGUUUUGUCAAAGAUAACAGAAGAUCUUCCAACUUCAGUUAUAAGACGAGGAGAAUGGAACUUGCCAGCUGGAAUACAGUUAGCGGAUCCGGAGUUUUUCAAAACUAAUGCUAUCGAUGUGCUACUAGGUGGAGAGUUUUUCUUCGACUUUUUCCCGAUGAAGCAACGAGUACCACUAGGAAAAGAAAUGCCCAUGCUCGUUGAAUCCGUUUUUGGUUGGUUGGUUACAGGACGUUGCGGUUUGGGCCAAGGUGCGGCAUUUACCGUUUGUCAACAUUCGGUUAUUUCGGAGUCCAUGGAGCAGCUGAUGAGCAAGUUUUGGGAAUGUGAGGAAGGGCAUUCAGCCUCGAGUUAUUCGGUAGAGGAAACCAUGUGCGAGCAGCAAUUUGUGGAGACAGUUAAGCGAGGAAACGAUGGGCGUUACACGGUUGGAUUACCAAAAUCUCAAAAUUACCUGGCUCGACUUGGCGAGUCCAAAUCAAUCGCUUUUAGGCGUCUGUUGCUGCUUGAAAGAAGGCUAUCCCGAGAUGAGGCAUUAAAAGACGAGUACCAUUCUUUUAUGAAGGAGUACGUGGAUCGUGGCCACAUGAGAAAAAUUUCCGUGAACCCAACUGAGGCUGUUGGGAGUUAUUAUCUUCCUCAUCAUCCUGUUGUUAAGGAGACAAGCACUACAACCCGCGUCAGAGUGGUGUUUGACGCAUCUAGCAAAACUUCUACUGGAACGGCUUUAAAUGAUAUUUUGUUGAACGGACCCGUCAUACAGGACGAUCUACGCUCUAUUAUUUUACGAAGUCGAAUUUAUCCCAUUAUCCUGGUGGCUGACAUCGAAAAAAUGUUUCGUCAGAUCAGGAUGGAUACCAACGAUCUGCCCUUGCAAAGGAUCCUUUGGCGGUUUUCCCCAGAACAACCUGUGGACACAUACGAACUCCUCACCGUUACUUACGGUACAAAACCAGCACCCUUUUUGGCCACACGGACCUUGAAGCAGUUGUCGUCAGAUGAAGCCGCUAAUUUUCCAAUAGCGUCUAAUCGGAUGGUUAAGGACGUUUACAUGGAUGACGUCAUUACCGGAGGAAGAACCGUCAAGGAGGCGAGAAUUAUCCGGUCCGAGUUGGAUGAAAUGCUACAGAAGGGAGGCUUCCGUUUACGUAAGUGGGUGUCGAAUAAUGACAAGGCACUUAAUGGCAUCGCCGAGGACAAUCUGGCACUACCUCGAGGAACAGGUAUUGACUUCGAUCGUGAACGUACUGUUAAAACUCUCGGUCUGGUAUGGGAACCAGAAUCGGAUACAUUGAGAUUCAAAAUCAAUAUCGUACUGUUACCGGAUGCAGAACUCACCAAACGAAAGGUUCUGUCAUGUAUUGCGAAGGUGUUUGAUCCUUUAGGGUUGAUUGGUCCGGUCGUGACAAAGGCAAAAAUGUUCAUGCAGCAAAUUUGGCAGUUUAAGGAUAAGGAAAACAAGCCGUUAGGAGGGCGAAGAUUGUGUAGACUAACCACCCAACGCUGUCUUACUUGCUACCGAAUGAAACCCACACUUCAGCAGCAAUUUAUGGCUCAACUGCCCGCUCCGAGAAUCAAGGCAGCUCGUCCGUUUUCAACAACUGGUGUGGACUAUUUUGGUCCAGUGUACAUACGCCAGGGAUACCGCAAGGGAGCUGCAAAGGCCUAUGUAGCAGUGUUCAUCUGUUUUUGUACCAAGGCGGUACACCUAGAGUUGGUGUCCGACCUGUCGACAGCUAAAUUUAUACAGGCUCUUCGCCGCUUCAUCGCCCGUAGAGGACCAUGUCACGAUAUUUACUCCGACAACGGGACUAAUUUUGUCGGAGCCAGGAACACAUUAGCUGAACUUCUACGAUCCCUAAAAACCCAUGCUCGCAACGAAGAAAUUCAGAAGGUGUGCAGUGACGAAGGUGGAACUCUGUGGGAACGAACGGUACCGCUUUAUGUGGGUACCGAUGUGUCGCUUUUCCUUUUUGCUAAUGACGUUACCUCCGGGUAUCGCGACUUGUGGCGUCUGCUAUCUGGAUGUAUUAAUUCGGCUGAUAAGAACCUUGAAUCGUUGACGACGACGGACGGUGGUUACGUGUCCGCUUACGUGAUCAAAGGCCUCUCCCAAAGAGCUUACGUUGUGCAUUCAGUAGAUAUGCAGGGACGAUGA